AUUCACCGGCCUGCCACCCACACCAAGUGAAUAUUUUAGGUUGUUUUACUAGUACUACGACGAAAAGAUAGUUCUCUGUUACGCGUUGUACUAGCUUUAGUUAGCGAUCAUGUCUUCGGAUCCGGUAGAGUUGAAAAAACUCGUGAAACAACUCCAAGGAAACACCAAUGUGAAGGAAAUUAUCAGUAUCCUAAACAUUCUCAAGAGAGACUUUCAAAUAAAUGAAGGAAUCCUUAGAGAGAGUAAAGCUGGCCUAGCGGUCGGGAAGCUUCGAAACCAUGAAGACAAGGAAGUAGCAGCGACCGCGAAAGAUCUUGUAAAGAAGUGGAAGGAAAUUGUAGAGAAAGCUAAGCAGCAGAAUGGUGGCGCGUCCAAGGGUAAAGCACCGGCACAGAAGCCCUCAGGAUCAUCUACAACUCCCGUUACACCAACCGUUUCAUCACUAAAAACAGCAUCAACGACUCUGCGUACCCACACAACUGACGGAGUCAACAUCAACUUCACUGGCGAUAAAACCAGAGACAAGUGUGCAGAGUUGAUUUAUGAUGCUCUUGCCUCCGACUCGAGCUCUCCAUCCGAUCUCAUACUUCAAAGAGCAAAAGCCGUCGAGGUAGCAGUUUUCAACACACAUGGUGGGGGUUCGGCGGACUAUCGAGCGAAAAUACGCAUGCUUUUCGUCAACUUGAAGGAUAAGAGCAACCCAGGCUUGAGGGAGGAUGUCGUCAGUGGAGAAAUUGCGGCGGAUAAACUAGCAACGAUGUCUAGCGCUGACAUGGCGUCCGCAGAACGUAAAGCCGCGGACGAAAAGAUCAAGAAUGACAACUUCUUCGCAUCUCUAGGCGCAGGAGAACAGCAGGCAGAAACGGAUGCCUUCCAAUGCUCGAGGUGUAAACAACGGAAAUGUCGAUACCGUCAAGCGCAGACAAGAAGUGCAGAUGAACCUAUGACUACUUUCGUCACUUGCACAAAUUGCGGGAAUCGUUGGAAGUUCUCUUGAUUAAUACUCCCCCUCUCCACUGACACUGAUCAUCGUUACACUCAACUCAAGUUAACCUUGUACAUCCAUUUUUCCCAU